AUGAAUUUUGUGCCUCGGGACGCAGUGACAGUGCCGCGCGGGGGCUGCGAUUUGCAUUUGGGCAGUCACUGUAACUACGAGUUGCUUGUUGUUUCAGCGGCAUAUCUGGGGCUCUUUUUGCAGGUGAACGGCGAGAGUCGACAUGUCAUUUACACGCUCUGGGUCUCAUCGUGCGAAGAUCCGCUGUUGCUGUACUUUUGUCGAAUUGAUUCCGAGGGCGACAGCAUAGCACUUCGUUACACCUAUCGCACACCGUCCGUUAUCAGGAAUAUGGUCGAAGGCGCAAAUCUGCCACGCAGCAAUCCAAAAUUUACAAUGAUAAAUUUGAUUGGGGAGCGCGAGAUGGGACUGUUCAUACGAUUGGCCGCGGCGCCACAUGAUUCCAGCAUCCCCUCUGCCUUGCGUUUAGCGCUGCACUCGCCGUCUGCAAAUGACUGGAAGAAGCAUCUUUUAUUGUUUAUCGAAAACUUACAGGUAAACCCAUAUUUCUUUUUUUGCCUAACCGAUGGAAAUGCGGAAAUAUAA